CCACUUCUUGGCAUCAGACACUCUCAUGAUAUAUAGCUAAAGCCAUCGACAUCUAUUGACAUCUGACUACGCUGGCAUUCGCCGGCCUCCAGCCUGAGUUCCUCGAGUUCAAUCCACCACCCUGCCAUGCGGCAAAGCCAUAAUCGUUCCACAUCGUUUUAAUCGAGCGAACGAAGAUGGCAGCAGACAAGACAUCGCCACCAGUCUGCACACUUCCGCCCGAGAAGGUCUUCUCUAUCCAGAUCGGCACAAAGCUCUUCCGUCUCUCUGGGGCCUCCAUUGCGUCUGAUGGAUACCAUUGCCUCCCCAAAGAUGGAGCUGAGUUCGUUAAACUCUUCGCCGACGCGCAAUUCUACAGCCUUCCCCGGUUGAUGUCCCAACUCUUCGAAUCCCAGAUUAUAAUCCAGAUCGGCGACCGUCAUUUCCAGAUUUCGCGCGACAUCUUCUCUGGGCCCGGCGAUAGCCCUAAUUUUUUCACCCUCGGCUUCGGCGCCUUCUUUGCUUCCCCGGCGGAAGUCUUCCCUGGCCUAGAUCGACGCGGCCUCCUACGGCCGCCAGCCAUUGUGCCGCCCAGCGUUCCCAACCGCUCCGGCGACGUCUUCGCGCAGCUCGUCCACCUCCUCCAAGGCUAUCCGCUGCAUGUCGAGAGCGAGGCGCAACGCGCGGAGCUGCUCCGUGACUGCCGCUAUUUCCAUCUCCGCGGACUCGAGCAGAAGCUCAUUCCGCACCAUAUCACCUUCAAUCCUCUUCGGCGCCGCUCAGAGAUCGUUAUCCGCUUGGAGGAUGUUCGGCGCUCUGGCAUUCGGAUUGAAGCACCAUCACCGUCGCCAGGCAGUCGCGAGGGUGGCAGUGGUGUCUCGGUGCAAUAUGCACGCCCCUUCGCGGACGACUCGCCGCACGACUUGAUUCUUGAGAUUGGUGGCGAAAACACAGUUAUUGACCUCGCCACGAUGCGCCCAACAUUUUUGAAUUCCACACAAGCACGGGUCUCGAGCCUUCUUCAGGUAAUCCUUGACAGGAAGAACAGCCAGGACCGGAGCAGCAGCUCAGCGGUAGCAGUAACCGCACAUUCGAUCUGCGCUCAAAUCGACGAGGAGACAGACCUGACCAUAGACGGCGCGCAACAGGCCAGCAACCACCAAUACCAUAUCCCAGACCCGGCCUCAGCAGGGCCAGCGCCAAAACGCAGACGGGUAAAAGUAGAAGGGCCGGAGGCGGCGUCGCAAUAUGAAGAACAGGACGGGAGUAGUAACGGUUUCUGGGUUGUGCGCAAUGGCCAGUGGCGCAUUUCAAUACGCCCUGGGGCAAGUUCGGGUGACGAGGUGCAGUUUGCGUUCGUGGGUGUUAAGCUGGAUGUUUAUACUAGGGAGAGAGUACGGAAUCGGAAGCAGGCAUUUUUGGGGUCCUAA